GGCUCCUCUAGAUCUUUACCGCUCCUGCAACCACAUGGUUGCUAAAAUAAAUAUGUUUAGAGCAUUUAUUCUCUACGUGAAAUUAUAACUUGAAAAAAGUGGCACUGUGGCACGUGACCAAGAAUACUUGGGAGGAAAAAAACAAACUCUAAAUUGAACGAUCGUGGAUGAAAUCGUCACGAAUGCUACGCCAUGAUUAAUGAGACGUCAGUUUUUAAUUAAUACUAUACAGCAAUACGUUUUUUAUCCAACGAUAAUGCGACUAGCUUACUAUACGGUAUAAAUCACACAACACCGAGAACACAGCAGAAGCAAACUUGGUAUUCGAUACCUGAACAAAAGAUGAAUAAACAGAUUAAUUACUUUUUCUAAAUACACCAAACUUAUACUAACAUUUAUAUGGAGCGCAACUUCCGCCCGGCUUUUAACGUCACAUCCGUUAAGCAGGCUUCCGGCGGCGUUGCCAGGCAGCGGGGUUAUGAUGAGCGGAGGAGGAAAAGCCGAGUCUGACAGGUUUAGUUACCUGCAGGCGCUCGUCACCGAGUUUCAGGACACGGACAAUGCGGAGGCCAAAGAGCAGGUUCUGGCUAAUCUGGCAAACUUUUCUUAUGACCCCCGGAACUUUUCAGACCUUCGUCAACUGCAGGUUCCAGAUCUCUUCUUAGACAUGCUUACAGAGGACAAUGAGACCUUUGUUGAGUUUGGAAUAGGAGGUCUCUGUAACAUGUGUCUGGACAAAGUGAUUAAGAGUCACAUUUUGGCAUCAGGUGGCCUAAGCUUGGUCAUUAACUGCUUAUCCAGCCGCAAGGAGGAAACUGUGCUCUCUGCUCUCACCACACUCAUGUACCUUAGCACAGCAGCAUCCCGCCAGGACAUCACUACUCCCCCGGUCGUGGAAUGCAUGGUCCGCUUCUCCCUCUCCAGCAACCGCAGGAUCAGUAACCUGGCCACAAUAUUUCUAGAGGACUAUUGCACUGAAAAACAAAUACAGGAAGCUAGGGAACUGAGCCAACACACAGCACUGGGAAUCCCACUACCAGAGACUCCUCCACCUGUAAACACAGACUGAACCAGCCUUCAGUAUGCACAUAAAAAAUAAAUUUCCUUAUACAAGAAAGAAACCUCAGCCAACGCUUUCCAUUUGCAAUCUGCUGUGGAGUCACCAACAACACCAUUGGGUUUUCCCUUUCAGAGGCACACCUUGUUGCAGCACUUAUUUAAACCUAUAUAAAGUAACAGUAACUGCUUUAUAGAUUUUGGACACAUUUUGCGCACAGAACCUAAAGUGCUAUGAUACUGUGUAGCAUUGGCAAAUACAGCAAUGUGGAAUGCAAACAUUUUCUAUCAUACAUGAAAAAUAGCAGAAAUGAAAAUGCAUUAGCAACAUAUUAUAUUCCUUGUGAUGUUAAAGGACCAUUACAUUUGACAUUUCAACAACGCAUAAAAUGUUUCAUUAUUUUAAGUGAAGCAUUUUCAAUACACAUUAAUGAUCUUGCUGUAAAA